GCCCGCUUUUGAUUUCUCCGCAUCAAUCUUCUUCUCACUAUCUUCCUCCAAGAUUUGGGUUUUCUUUCUUAAUUUCUUUCUUUAUCCAUGGAGGAGUCUGCUGCUUCAACCACUUUCUGCUUCUGCUUCUUCUCUUUCACUGUCUCUUUCACGCUCUUCGCUGUCUUGCUCCUCGUGCAGCGAUUGAUAAGGCCUUGGUGCGACUGCGACGUUUGCCGGAGCUACCUCAGCCGGAGCUGGACGUCGGAGUUCGACAAUCUCUGCGACUGGUACGCCCAUCUUCUCCGGAAGUCACCGACGGGGACGAUUCACGUUCACGUUCUCGGCAAUAUCAUCACGGCCAAUCCGGAGAAUGUUGAGUACAUGCUCAAGACGAGGUUCGAGAAUUACCCCAAAGGGAAACCCUUCUCCGCCAUCUUGGGCGAUCUUCUGGGCCGAGGCAUAUUCAACGUCGAUGGGGAUUCGUGGAAGUUUCAGAGGAAAAUGGCCAGCUUGGAAUUGGGCAGCGUCUCAAUUCGAUUGCAUGCUUUCGAUAUCGUCACCUCCGAGAUCCAAUCCAGGCUGCUUCCUUUACUAUCUUCAGCGGCAAACGAUGAAAACCUAGUCUUGGAUUUACAAGACGUGUUUCGUCGACUCUCGUUCGAUACAAUCUGCAAAUUUUCCUUCGGACUCGAUCCCGGUUGCCUCGAGAAAUCCCUGCCGGAUUCAAGCUUCGCAGAGGCGUUUGAUCUCGCCUCGAAAUUAUCCGCCGAGAGGGCAAUGACGGCGUCGCCGGUGAUCUGGAAGGUCAAACGGCUGUUAAACAUGGGUUCAGAAAAGAGGCUCAAGGAAGCCAUUAAGGAUAUCAACAACCUCGCCGAUGAGGUAAUCAAGAACAGACGAAAAGUGGGUUUUUCGAACCGGGAAGACCUUCUUUCCAGGUUCAUGGGCUCCGUCGAUGACGACAAGUACCUCCGGGACAUCGUCGUCAGCUUCCUCUUGGCCGGACGUGACACGGUGGCGUCGGCAUUGACCACGUUCUUCUGGUUACUGGCAAACCACCCGGAAGUUGAGUCAGCAAUAUUGGAAGAGUCGGAUCGGGUUAUCGGGGCGACCGAAGAACCCGCGAGCUUCGAGCACGUGAGAGAGAUGCCCUAUUUACAGGCGGCAUUGCAUGAAAGCAUGAGACUUUACCCGCCAGUCCAAUACGAUUCAAAGUUCUGUCUUGAAGACGAUGUUCUUCCAGACGGAACAUUUGUACGGAAAGGAUCUAGGGUUACGUAUCAUCCGUACGCGAUGGGAAGGAUGGAGCGGGUUUGGGGCCCCGACUGCCUGGAAUUCAAGCCGGAAAGGUGGCUGCAAGGCGGCGUAUUCCGGCCGGCCAACCUGUUCAAGUACCCGGUUUUUCAGGCUGGGCUUAGGGUUUGUCUGGGCAAGGAUUUGGCAUUGACGGAGAUGAAAAGCGUUGUUUUGUCGUUAGUCCGGCGGUUUCAUAUCCGAGUGGCGGCGCCCAGCCGUCAAACCCCACGGUUUCUCCCAGGACUAACCGCAGCCGUGAGUGGCGGUUUGCCCAUGCUGGUUCAAGAGCGGAGACGGUGAUCGAAUUAAUUAACGCCGUGAAGUAUAUGUAUCUCACCUUAGAGAUAGAUGAUAGGUCGACAGACAAAAUUCAGCGCUGUGAAUAAUAAUUAAUUCAGUUCAAAGAAGUGAAUCAAAUUAAAUCGA